AAAAAAAGGCAUAUCGCUGCCAAUUGGCGAACACACAAUGGCAUCAAAGUUUCUACGAGAAUACAAGUUGGUAGUAGUCGGCGGUGGAGGUGUCGGAAAGUCUUGUUUGACCAUUCAAUUGAUACAAAGUCAUUUCGUCGAUGAAUAUGAUCCUACCAUUGAAGAUUCAUACCGUAAGCAGUGUGUGAUCGACGAUGAGGUUGCUCUACUCGAUGUACUCGAUACAGCAGGUCAGGAGGAAUAUUCAGCGAUGAGGGAACAAUACAUGCGUACCGGCGAAGGAUUUCUCCUAGUUUACUCUAUCACUUCCGAUCAAAGUUUCGAGGAAAUCCGUACUUUCCAACAACAGAUUCUCAGAGUCAAGGACAAGGACCCGACAGAUUAUUUCCCGAUGGUUGUGGUUGGUAACAAGUGCGAUUUGGAGAGCGAACGAGAGGUCCCCCGACAAGACGGCGAGGCGUUGGCGAAGCAGUUUGGAUGUCCCUUUGUUGAGACAUCAGCUAAGUCCCGAACGAACGUCGACAAGGCAUUUUUCGAUCUAGUCCGAGAAAUCCGACACUACAACCGUAACAUGUCAGGUCUACCGACAGGUGGUGGUGGCAAUGGCGGUCCGCAUGGUCCUAGUGGCAAGAUAGAAAUGAGUGAGGGCGAAUCCGAAGCCGGUUGCUGCGCCAAAUGUGUAGUCCUAUGAUUGAUUCCGACGAAGAUGGCACGGGAGUGAAACGAGUUUGGUGGUUAUUUGAGAAAAGCAUAUGAAGAUAUGGACUCUUUAUCCGCCGACACGUAUAAGGGAGGGAGGGAGUGUAUGUGAGAGUGUGCAUCCAACAUAAACGCGAUGAACGAUCUUGGCGGGUUCGCAACAUACAUGUCGGUCCAAUCGAAGCAAAAUUGUUGCAUGGUAAUGGGAGUCCAGGGUCUUUACAAAUCUCGCUAUGAGACCGAGUAAAACCACAUCAGCAUCUGAAAAAGGGAUAAAAGGACAAGAUCGAGUGGCUUAAUGUGCUACCCGCUCGAGAAGAGACAACACUGUCUAUGCGAAUUUAUGGCACGAUGCGUUUUUUAAGAUUACAGAAUACUUUGCGUGGACCUUCCCAGGUCUAGAUCAUCGGAGACGAUGUGGAAGGCGAUCGAUCUCUCCUAUUGGUCAUUUUCACUACUUGUAAUGUUCUUCACUUACUUUUUUUUUGCUCGUUUUUUUUUUUCUACAGUGGUUUGAUGUCAUAGAUUCCCCCUCUCAAG